AUGUUCGUUCGACUCCGGACAUGCAGACUCCUGGGCCUUAACCGUCAAUACCGUUUCUUCCACAGCUACAGAGAGGUUAAAGAAGACCCAAGAUGGCCAGGAUACCAGGUGGUUAUUGGGAUUGAAACCCAUGCCCAGAUCAAGUCGCGUCACAAGUUGUUCUCAAAUGCAUUGACUGCUGAACCAAAUGACGUUCCCAACACAAAAGUCGUAGGCUUUGACGCCGCGUUCCCUGGAACACUCCCCAAACUUAACCCAAAUUGCGUCGACCUGGCUUUGAGGACGGCGCUAGCACUCAAAUCCGACAUUCAGAAACGCUCCUCAUUCGAUAGGAAACACUACUUCUACUCCGACCUACCCUCCGGAUUCCAAAUCACUCAACAAUAUGCACCAUUGGCCACUGGUGGAGUCCUUCAAAUACCAGCAGCUACCCCUGGCUCCGAACCUAUUCAAGUUCGCAUAAAACAAAUACAGCUUGAGCAAGACACGGCCAAGUCAACCUUCAAUCCCCGGACAUUAUCAUCCCACAUUGACCUCAACCGCGCUGGAACGGGUCUGAUGGAGAUUGUGACCCUGCCCGACUUGCGGUCACCCGAAGAGGCUGGGGCGUAUGUUCGAACGUUGCAGGCUCUCCUGCGAGCUGUGGGCGCAAGCGACGGAAAUAUGGAACAGGGAUCCCUUCGCUGUGACGUCAACGUCUCUGUGAAUCGAAUUGGCGAGGUUCCUGGAACGCGCUGUGAGAUUAAAAAUCUGAACAGCGUCAAGUUCAUGAUGGCAGCUAUCAACCAUGAAAUUCAACGCCAUCUCAAACUGCUUUCGGAAGCGCCCUACGCUGUUCCUCAAGAAACGCGUGGUUUUGACGAGAACACGUUCGAGACAUUCAAGCUUCGGUCCAAGGAGGAUGCUCCUGACUACCGCUACAUGCCCGAUCCCAACUUGGGUGUCCUAAACAUCAGCGAGAGUCGCAUUUCUGGUGUCAGAGAUAGCCUUCCUGAACUACCUUGGGAGACACAAGAACGGCUAAAGACCUCUUAUGGCCUGUCGGACAAGAACAUCGAGAUUCUGCUCAAAAUCGAGAGCGUCAAGGACGUUCCUUACGAUGGCCGUGAUGCGGACGCUAAAGGCAGCAUUGUCAAGUACUUUGACGCGCUCUGCGCAGGCAACAAACGCGACUCCAAGAUCGUAUUCAAUUGGAUCGCACAUGAACUACUAGGACAACUGUCAGUCAGGAAAAUGUCGUUCAUGGAGAAUCCUGUCACUUCCGAGCAACUGGGUGACCUUAUUGACCUCGUUCAGGGCAAGACAAUCACUGGUACUUCCGGCAAAUAUCUCCUGCGCCACAUGCUUUCCAACCCUUCGACCAAGUCUGCAAGGCAACAAGCGGAGGAACUUCAACUCAUCGCCUUCACCUCGUCAGAAUCUGCGGCUUCGUCAGACUCUUCGACACCGUCCGCUUCAUCCGAAAACAGCGAACUCCAGCAACUGGUAGAGAAGGCGAUCACUGCACUCCCCAAAGAAAUCGAGGCAUUCAAAGCUGGUCACAAGGGUGUGCUGAACAAGAUUGUGGGGUACAUUAUGCGCCAGAGUCGUGGACGAGCAGAUGCUCGCCAGGUUAAAGAGCAGCUGGAAAAGGCUUUGAAUUCGAAGUAG